GUAGAUCUUUGUACUAGUCAAACCAACGGUUCGCAGACCAGACUGGUGCAGGAGCAAACUUAGUUGUUUAUUAUUCUGGAGCACAUAGCCUUAGACUAGUCUGAAGUCCACAAUGACGAUGCAAGGUCUAUUGUGGGAUGCAAAAGCGGACAGACUCUCAUUGGAUGAGUUUCCGGUACCGACAGCCUCUGCGGGGGAGGUGGUCAUAAAGGUGGCGUACGCGGGUGUAUGUGGGACAGAUCUACAUAUCACGAACAAGGAGUACCCAGCCGGAGACAGACUCAUCCUGGGCCACGAGUUCUCAGGGGUUAUUACGGAGGUCGGAGAAGGAGUGACACAGUUUAAAGUCGGAGAUAGGGUCUGUGUGGACCCGUGCUUCAUCUGCGGCAGCUGCCGUCACUGUCAGAGGGGCAGGAUCAACUACUGUCACAGGGGACACCUACAGCACCUCAGGAAUUCUGUAGGUGCGCGGAGGAAUGGCGGCUUCGCCAACUUUUGCGCAGUUCCAGUCGGUCACGUGCACCGCCUGCACGAUGACGUGACGCUCCUGCACGGCGCUCUCGUGGAGCCCAUCUCCUGCAUCCAGCGGGGCUGGGACAACUUAGGGACGCCUCCUAGCGACUCUCGUGUGUUGGUGCUCGGUGCUGGGUACAUCGGCAUAAUGUGGUCCUGCCUCCUUCAUUUCAAGGGCUACCGUGAUGUCACGAUCAGCGAACCGGCAGAGGGACGACGGGAGCUCGCGGUGGGGAUGGGGCUCGGGUACCAGGCUGUUCACCCAGACGAGAUCAAGACUCGCUUUGCUGGCGGAAGUGACGUCGAAGAGAUUGGAUAUGACGUCAUCAUUGAUUGCAGUGGUUUCCCGCCUGCCAUCGAACAGGCUUUCUCCUGGCUUCGUUGCGGAGCCACCUUCCUCCAGUUCGGGUGCUGCCCGAUCAACUCCGAGAUCACCAUCAACCCGUUCCAGAUCUACGCUAAGGAGUUGAAGAUUGUGGGCUGUCUGACCAACCCCUUCACCAUGCCGACUACCAUCAACGGCCUGGUGCGGGGCAUGUCGGGAAGCUACCUGAGCGACUUCUCCCGACUGGGCAUUAAGAUGUUCCGCCUGCAGGAGUACCAGGAGGCCAUCGCGCAGCUCAGGAAGGGAGACAUCUCCAAGGCCAUGUUUGAAUUUUAGAACAACAGUUAAGGCUCGGUUACAUUCAUCGUAGAUCGUU